CACCCCGAGACCGGCGGCUCUGCCUGAGCUCAUACUGAAGUCAUUGGUCUAUAUCUUCAAGCACACGGCUAUGAAAAGGGUACUGAAUCUAAAAACUCAAGGAUACAAUUAUAGUCUGGGGAGGAAUGGCGUCAGAAUCCCAGCAACAAACAAUCUGUCAGUUAUCUCCGUCUCAAAACUCGACCAAAAGUUGACAGUUGGAGUCAGCUAAUCAGUCCAAUCAAGAAGCACUACUAGUGAUCCCGAUGGAUCCGUCACUUCUUUGUUCAGAUGACCAAACACCUGUAACUGUCACACAGAGUCAACCAAAAGAUUUGGACUCUGUUCCUAAGAGUCCUACAGUCAACAUGUUGUCUGCACAUGAACCAGAAACAGAGACUGAGUCCGAUCUCUCAGACACUACUGAGAAAAACACUGACUCAGACAGUUUAAAGUCUUUAAUGCCACAUUGUUUGUCACUUUGCUCAGAGCCUUCACCAAAGGAUGAUGAUUUCAGGGUUCACUGCUGUUGGAAUUCAUCAGAACCUACUUUACCUCUUCUACCUCAGCUCUCUCAUGAUCUUAAUUCACCCACAUCUGAAACUUUUGAGUUUUAUCACCAACAAGAGCUAUCACCCUCUUUUCCUGAAUCUUUUGGGGCUGUGUCAUCCCCAUCUGAGGGUUUGAUGGAUCCGCCUUUCACUGAGCUCGUCUCCACCAGCAGCUCCAGCCCAGAACACAGUGAAGCCAUUUCUUUAUUUAGGUCGUUAACAUCCCAAUCAGAUAGCUUAGACAAUGAUAAAAUAGCAGCACCUAUGCCGGACCUUUACAUCUUUGAAAGUGACACACAGGACUUCAUCCUGAGCCCAACUUUAGAACCCCAUCAGAUUAAAUGUCCUGAAUACCUGGCAUUACAUCAAUCAGGAGGGGAAGAGGCAAACAAUGAGUGUGAUACACAUGUCCUGAUGUGUGAUUCAGGAGACAUCGUGACACAGUGUCAUCACACUGGUGAGGAGUGUGUUACAGAGAGCGAUGAGUCAGACGUGAGACAUCACGCAGGGUUAAUGCCACCUGCCUCAGAUGCCAGGGAAGUGGAUUUGAUGUCGGUAAGUGAUGUUAGGCAAGUGAGGCAAAGGAAAGAAGAGGUCACUGGUUUAACCCUUCAGCUACAGCGCAGCGACAGCCCUGUGGAACUCUGGCUGGAUGCAUGCCAGUAUCUGGCAGGUGAGGAUACAGAAGAACAGGAUGUUUUGGACAAGACAAGCUCCUCCGUGAUGCAAGGAGGCUUCUCAGCUACCACUGACUUAUCUUUUCCUCCAGGAGGAUCAGAUUACAGCCCUGAUGGUUGCGAGGGGAUUGGCUGGUCCAGUGAUGACACCAGAGGUUGGGGGCCACCGGUUCAAAGAUGGUCAUCAGUGGACAGCUGGGCCAGUGCUCUCUCAGACUGGACUGGGAUCAUCGCAGCUCCACCCGAGGACAUCGCUGCUGCCUUUGCAGAGAUAGGGGCUGAGAUAGAUGCUCUGACACAGGCAUUAGCAGAGGUGAAUAUAGAAGCAAAGACAUUGAAGGAAGGACAGAGUCUAGAGACAGCAGCGCAGGCACAAUCACCGCCUACCAUGGGUCUCCAGGAUCAGCCUCUAAAGGCACAAAGCAUCCCAGAGAGCUCCAUCCACUCUGGGCAGAGCUGUCUCUCUUUGUGCUUCGAAGCUGCAGGACCUGAACUUCGUGACAGAGAGAGCUCCCAGAGUGUUGAAUCCUUGUGCGAUUCAGCACCUAUCACACAAGGAGAAAGGGAGAGAGAAGAAUUCCUGAGUUGCCAAGCAGAGGGCUCUCUAUGUGCGCCUCCCCAGCAUUCAUCCAUGGGUUCACUUGGUGCCACGGUGGCGUCUCCUCGAGGAUACAACGUAGAUGUACCUGCCGACACACUGACGCCUGGAUCUACUCCUUCUGCUGAUUUGGACUUUUCCCAGUUUGGUGGAUAUGUCAAGUCCUUGGAGACAGACAUUUUCAUGAGCAAUGAAGAAGAGCCGAUCAUUCUGAAUAUAAUAGAAGAUACUGAUUUGGAUGCUUCUGCAGAGCUAGUAAUUGAGGAGCCCUUUGGAAAUGGAUUGUGUAAAGUGACAGAUGAACACAGCUUCAGGCAAGCUGAAGUUGAAGGAAACAAACCUACGACGGAUCCUAAUCUCCUCUCCACACACACUCUACGAAACUCACACGUGCCAGGUGUGGACACACAACCUGGCCGUCACAUUAAUGUUCACACACACGUGUCAUUUGACUCUUUGCCAGACCUUGAUGGAGCAUGUCAGGUGGAGCCAGAGUGGGGUAGUCCUAAGUUUAUUAUGCCCUUAGCGCCGCUCUGUUUUGGCUCCUCCCUUGUAUGUCGGGCAAGCAGCAGCUUGGAAGGAGAUCAGAAUUGUGACAAAAGGUCUCUCAAUGACAACAGAGGCUUCAUUUGUGAUCACGUACAACACUGCGCUCUCUGGCCGACCCCGGAUGGAAUUACUGACAAACCAUCUCUGGAAGGUGAUGAGGAGUUGAAUCAUAACACGGAGAAUAAAGUAAACACUGCUGAGGAAUCUUCACCAGACGGACUACUGGACUUGACUGGUGACACUGCAGAAUGCACUGCAAGAAAAUCAAUUACUGAGGAUAGUAAUGAUCUCAGUAGAGAACUAGCAAAUUUCAGUGUUUUCCCGUCAGAUCCUUUCUUCAUUUCAGAGGAGAAACGCAUUGCAUGCAUCACGUUAGAUAUAAAUGAUCCAUUUGUCUCAAGGCCUGCAAAACCCAUCACACAACCUGAGCUAAAUUGGAAAACAACUGAGAAGAUGCCUCAUAAAACGCGCUCCAAAAAGGACAAAGCUGGUCAUCACCAUGGUGCACCAGCUUCCAAAAAACAAGAGGGUAUAUCCCACCAUGUUCCCAACCAGCAGGCCUGCAAACAGCAAGAAACUCACCCUCCUGCUGCAGAAAACCACACCAGCGAGAACACUAUAGCUGGGCUGGAGGCCAAGGAGGCUAAAUUGGUGAUCGAGACUGGUGUGACCACCGAGAAGAGCACAAGCAAGUCACAUGGACACAAGAAGAAGAAGAAACAUGGCCAGAAUGCAACAUCAGUAAUAAGUGGUGGAGAGCCACUGACUGAAGUGGAGAAUGGAGCAAAACCAAAGUCUACAAAAGGAAGGAUUGAUAUGUUUGAGGCCAAGCUGGGUGCCAAAACUGGAAAACCUCCCAAGGACAGCAAUCAGUCAGACGCUGCUGAGAAGAAGUUGCAACAGCCAGACGCUAAAGCAUCACAGGGAGAACAACGACAGAAUCACACAGAUCAUAAAGACCGCCAACCUAAAAACUUCACCAGUCCUCUGAAUGAUGAUGUUAUUAAAAGGCGACGCCUGUCAGAGAAUAAAUUUGGGAAGAUUGUCAGUGUUUUGGAGGCUAAACUUCCAAAGUCAGAUGUUUCGGUGAAGGCAAAAGGAGAGGAGCUCAGGGCAGAUGUCGGAGCAUCUCGUAAGAAGGCCUACAGUGAAGUGGUCAAACUGAAAAUCCCACACAAAGAAGACCCGAAGGUGGUGCAGCCGAUCCAGGCAGUGUCCGUGAGUGGAUUUCCCCAGAGUCUGUGCUUGUGGUGUCAGUUCGCUGCUGUCUUCUCUGAUUACACCGUGACUUGGAGCAGAGAGGGAACUGUCCUGGCAGAGAUCAAGAGAAGUGCAGGGGACGAGAGCAGAGUGUCACUGACCAUCACCAACGCUACGAACAAACAUCUGGGCAAGUACCAGUGUCGGCUCAGCAGCUUACAUGGAUCAGUCACCCUGGACUACCUGCUCACAUAUGAAGUGCUCAGUGAGAUUGUCAUCCCUCCAUCUCCAAAGACUAUUCCAGCUGCCCCUGUAGAGGUGAGCUGUGAGGAAGAGGACGUUCACUGUUCCAGGCUGAUGUUCAAAGAGGAUUUUCUAUCCGACCAGUACUUUGGAGAGAACCAUCCCAUCAGCAUCAUCACGGAAAAGGUCCACUUUGGGGAGGGGAUGCAUCGGCGGGCUUUCCGGACCAAGUUUCACGCGGGUCAGAUACCCCUGUUACUGCCAGGACACUCCUGUGUGCUCAAAGUACACAACGCCAUCAGCUACGGGACCAAGAACAACGAAGAGCUCGUUCAGAAGAACUUUACGUUGGCUGUGGAGGAGUGUCAGGUCCAGAACACAGCAAGAGAGUACAUCAAAGCCUACACUGCUGCAGCCCAGGCUGUUGAAGCCUUCGGUGACGUCCCAGAGAUCAUUCCCAUCUACCUGGUCCACCGUCCGUCCAAUGACAUCCCCUACGCCACGUUGGAAGAGGAGCUGAUUGGCGACUUUGUCAAGUAUUCAGUAAAGGACGGCAAAGAGAUCAACUUGAUGAGACGCGACUCAGAGGCAGGACAGAAAUGUUGUGCUUUCCAGCAUUGGGUCUACCACAAGACUGAGGGCAACCUGCUGGUUACUGACAUGCAAGGAGUGGGCAUGAGGCUUACUGAUGUGGGAAUAGCCACCUGUAAGAAAGGGUACAAGGGAUUCAAAGGAAACUGUGCCACCUCCUUCAUCGACCAGUUCAAAGCUUUACACCAGUGCAACAAGUACUGUGAAAUCCUAGGCCUCGUAUCCCUGCAGCCCAAACCAAAAAAGCCCAUCUCUGCUCCCAAACCCAAACCCCAACCUUCUGCUGCUCCCAAGAAGAAAACAUUUGGGCCUAUAGUCAAGGGCAAGUCAUAAUAGGAGGAGAACCUUGGACUAAAGGCUCUGUUAUUGAUUGAAAUUGUGACAUUUUUGGUGAUUCUCUUCACUCUCUUUGGACCUCGUAAUGCAGAGUUUUGUUUGUCAAAGAGAACUCAGGAGGGCGUCCUAAGUUUGCAGCAGGGCGGAUCAUUGAGGAGGAUGUUACACAACCAGCAGCUGUUGUUUCAUACGGCAGUUUUCUUUAUUCAAAAGAUCUAUAUUGAUUAUAUUGAGGAUUUCACCUGAGGAUUUCUGCGUUGUAUUUAUCUUCUUUAGUUCACCAGUUUUGGAGAAACUGCGACACUUCUAAGAAACACUUGAAAAUGAUGAGAAUGUUGAUGCGUUCGUCCACAGCGAUGAACUGUGAUGUCUUAGACUGCUUGAUUGAUGAGGUGCAAUGAUUUUUGUCUACAGACGUUUUCUUGUUUUUCUACUUCUGUGAUGUUUUCAAACUACCAGUUCAUUAAAUUAAUGGACAUUAAUUAAUUGAUUAGACGAAAUGUCUUUGAAGUAGGUCGUAUGAGUGGGUGUGUUUGGUUUGCAAGGUGGCUAAGUUAUUUGAUGAACAUAUACCCAGUGUAAUGUUUAAAUAUUGUAUUAUUUGUUCAUUUAGUUAAGCUACUAAGCUCAUGUUUAUAUUCUGGAAAGAACACAAAGCCAUUUGUAUUCGUAAAACUCAUGUAAAGUAUACUUUUGAAUGUAUUUAAUGUGAAAUGUGAAGAUUUUUGAUUUGUGAUUAUGUUAUCCGGAGCAUUUCUCCCUGUUACAUUGAUUUCAAAUGCCUGGCGUCACUUCAAGGAUCUAUACUGCAAUGGUUUGCAUAUGUGUAUCGUGAAAGAUGUGAAAAUGAGCUAAAUAGGAGUCGAUUUGAUCUCAGUAGUACUGAAGCUAGUCAACCUGCAGUCUCAGGCUAUUUUUAUUUAAUAAGCGUCUCUGUCCUGGUCUCACUGUUGCCUCUUGUGACCCAAUUUGCUGACAUGGAGCUCAGGGUGGAGCGACGGCCAGUGUGUCGCUAAAGAGAUGGUGCUGGUUGAAAAUGCUUUCUGAAGCUAAUUCGACUCAUAUUUUCAGUAUGGGGACAGAUAUCAUGACAGAUGGGAGGUGUGGAAUACAAACAACUGCCUGUUUUUGUACUCAGGGCUGGGACUGAAAUGUUAACAUCAUGUGAUUUCAUUCUUAGAACUCUCACUCUAUAGCGACAAGAAGCAAUAAACACUUUAUUUACA